AUGGCCGCAGACAACGACAGCAUCAAGUCGGGCACUUCCUCCCAGCGUUCCGUCUCCCGCGGACGCGACUUUCAAUCGUCCGGGCGCGGUGGCGUUGGCAACAUUCGCAGGACUUCCAUCGACCCCAACUGUCCCAAAACACCCAACUUCAAUCCCGAGGAUGAUGUGACUAUGAACCGCGUGUUCUUUUUCUCCUUCGACUGUGUCCCCCCUUCGCGGCCAUCAUCUUUCGAGCUUAUCGCGCGCGACCGUGUCUUCACGGAUAUCUCCGUCGUUACCAGUCGGUCGUUCUCUUUUGCGUCCAUCGAGUCGCUCAUACCGGACCGUCUACCAACGACGGGGUCCCGCGCGUGA